GCCCCGCCCGCGGCUCGCCGGCCGCGCCGAUCCGGCUCCGCGAUGACUCCCCGGCUGCCGAGGAGCCUGCGGCGGCUCAUGCUGCGCCUUUCCCUCUGGGUGCUCAUGGGCAGCUCGGUCCCCGCUCUGCUCCGGGCUGAAUUUACAUCACCUGUAGACAGAAAUAAGGAAAAUGGACUGAAAAUGUCAAACCUAUGCAAAUUCUGUGAUAUUAAAGUAACGACCUGCUCAAACCAGCAUCAGUGCAAGAGCAACUGCAACAUCACUUCUAUCUGUGAGGAGAGCAGUGAAGUCUGUGUUGCUAUAUGGAGACAGAAUGAUGAAAAUGUGACAUUAGAAACAAUAUGCCACGAUCCCGACAAAACACUGUAUGGUCAUGUUUUGGAUGACUAUAAAUCAGAGAAGUGUUUGAUGAGGGAAAAGAAGGAUGACGGGGGAUUGAUGUUCAUGUGUUCCUGUACAGGUGAAGAAUGCAAUGAUAUGCUCAUUUUUACAUCAGAUGACCCUCAUAAACCAGAGGAGAAAGAUGAAAUUUCCAAAGUCACAAUCAUAAGUCUUGUCCCAUUGCUGGUGAUUUCUGUUGCUGUGAUUGUUAUCUUCUAUGCCUACCGAACUCAUAAGAAGAGGAAACUCAACAAGGCAUGGGAGAAGAAUGUUAAGCCCAAGAAGCAUAAGGACUGCAGUGAUGUCUGUGCCAUUAUGUUAGAUGAUGACCGCUCAGACAUCAGCUCUACCUGUGCCAACAACAUCAACCACAACACAGAGCUGCUGCCCAUUGAGCUGGACAUCGUUGUUGGCAAAGGAAGAUUUGCUGAAGUGUAUAAAGCCAAAUUGAAGCAAAACACAUCAGAGCAGUAUGAAACUGUGGCAGUCAAGAUUUUCCCCUAUGAAGAAUAUGCUUCCUGGAAAACUGAGAAAGACAUUUUUUCAGAUGUAAACCUCAAGCAUGAGAACAUCCUGCAGUUCUUGACAGCAGAGGAGCGUAAGACGGAUCUUGGUAAACAGUAUUGGUUGAUCACUGCCUUCCAUGCUAAAGGAAACUUGCAGGAGUAUCUCACACGGCACAUUAUCAGCUGGGAGGACCUCUGGAAACUGGGUGGGUCCUUGGCCCGAGGGAUUGCACAUCUGCACAGUGAUCACACACCCUGUGGUCGUCCCAAAACACCUAUUGUACACAGAGACCUAAAGAGUUCCAACAUCCUGGUGAAAAAUGAUUUAACCUGCUGUCUCUGUGACUUUGGGUUAUCCCUGAGGCUGGACCCUUCCCUGUCUGUGGAUGACUUGGCCAACAGUGGACAGGUUGGCACAGCAAGAUACAUGGCCCCUGAGGUUUUGGAGUCCAGGAUGAACCUGGAGAACAUGGAGUCCUUCAAACAAACAGAUGUGUAUUCCAUGGCUUUGGUCCUCUGGGAAAUGACAUCUCGCUGUAACGCUGUCGGAGAAGUGAAAGAGUACGAGCCCCCGUUCGGCUCCAAAGUGCGAGAACACCCUUGUGUGGAAAGCAUGAAGGACAAUGUGCUAAGAGACAGAGGGCGGCCCGAGAUCCCCAGCUCCUGGCUCAACCACCAGGGCAUCCAGAUGGUGUGUGAGACCCUGAUCGAGUGCUGGGACCACGACCCCGAGGCGCGGCUGACGGCGCAGUGCGUGGCCGAGCGCUUCAGCGAGCUCAAGCACCACGACCGSCUCUCGGGAAGGAGCUGCUCCGAGGAGAAGAUUCCCGAAGACGGCUCCGUCACCACCGCCAAGUAGCGCGUGCCCGAGGGCUCCGAACGGAGGGAAGUCGCUCCUACACGUGUUCACCUUGGCAAAGGGAGAAGUCUUGAUCAGUGCCUUGACUUGCUUCCUGGAGGACUGAGGCUGUCACUACUCCCUUUAGGCUCCAGCUCUGGGCAGGGAGAUGUAUUCUGGGAAUUCGAAGCUGGGGGAGUAGCUGUCGUACCCUAGCAUUGGCAGCCRGCACCAUGUCGUAGGAGGAGCUAUGAAUGGUAGCCCUUCCUCAGGAAAUGAGAUUUGAAAAUAGCCAAUAACAUUAUGCACUUUAUUAAUGCCUGUAUAUAACUAUGAAAUUGCUAUUUUUAUAUAUAUAUACAUAUAUAUCUAUAAAAUGAGUGUGUAUGUAUAUAUAUAUAUAUAUAUCUCUAUCUAUAUAUCUAUAAACAGCCAUGUCCAGGGGAAAAAAAAAGUUAUUAAAAAAAGUGCUUCCAGGAAAUUACCAGUGUAUUAGAUAUUCCACCCCUUGGGGAGGGAGCCUGGGGAGACUGGUAUAGCACCACACCAGCAAUUGUGCACUAAGCGUUCUGCCAAAAAAUAGGAAYAAUAUGCAAUAAGAAGGUGAUUUUCAAAGCAUGUGUGGUGACCACCUGGCUGCGAUCCUGCUGYUCACAGUUGCAGGAGCAGUCUCACAGCAGGCAGGCCAAUUUGACUCUGCAGUUGUGCUUACAUGGUCCUGUCUGCAGCACAUUUGUGAGAGGCUCAWGGAAUGCCUUUUCCCUCUCAUCUUAACCCCAGAGUCCUCCAAAUGUCCCAGAACAGGCAUGAGGAGGUUUGGUCCUUCCCACAUGUGUUUUUUGUUAUGGAGUUCAUUAAUGUUGUCUGUUUAUUGCUUUGAAUUCAUGCUGCUUGCAAACAAGUUGCAAAACAUCAGCAGGAUGAGUUUUCCCCUCCUCCCAUCCCUCAAACCAUACAGAACAGGACAGGGCCAGCAACAAUCCAAGCAGAUGUUUUAUAUUUGCUGUACAUUCUGAGUGUGGACAGUACUAUAUUUUUUCCUUUCUUUUACCUUGAUUGUGUUGCUGUAAGAAUAAACUUUUUUUUUUCCCUG